AGUUUUUGGCCGUUACCACGGAAGGAAGUUUAUUUGUGAAAAUAAGUGUAAUAAAGUGUUUGCUUGAAGAAUUGUUGGAUUUAAUUUCUACAAUCCCUAACCCUGAAACUAUUACCCUAUAGUUUCAGAAGUGGGAUCAGCGAGAAAUUUCAAUUUUUCGUACCACGCCUACAGAAGGAAAACAGAAAACCUUUCAGUUGAUUCUUAUGGAUCGAGGAGGCUAUAGUAGUCGAGACAUGAGUUUUGAAAGGUUCAGUGCAGACCCAGGUGUACCCAGGUGUGAGGGUCAGGGUCGGGAGGCACCGGACUCAAGGCGGAGAGCGCCUAGUCAUGCGAGUUGGCCUGGAGAACCCAGACGUGUGGGUGAAGGCAGGUUAUUAAGGAAAUAUGCUUCAGAACAACCAGGGGCAUCGCGGGAGCGCGAUGCUGAGGUUGAAGUGAAUAGUGUAUAUGACGGAGAGCGUCAAUUAAUCCGUUCGAGGGGAACGCCACAAAGCAGGUUUUUACGUACACCGUCUCGAUGGGAACGAGAACGGUCGCCCAGCACGGGACUCGGAGGACAUGAGAGAGCUAGAGAAGGACGUUCACGUGGGCGUACACCGAGACGUGAAGACGAGAUGACCGGAAGGCAUGAAUCCCGACGCAGCAGGAAGAGGAGCUGCAGUUCAUCGGAUUCGAGAGACCCUGGUGAGUCACAUCCAUCUAACUCUAAGCAACCUAAAUAUCGUGAUACUACUACUGAUGCUAUAUUAGAUAAAUUUUUGUCUAUUUUGCAAUCGGUCAAAGGUUCAGAUAAGCCAAAGAUGACUUUUAACACUAAUAUUAUACCCGAAUUUGACCCUAUGUCGAAGGAACAAACGAUUUUGACCUGGUUGACGAAGGUAGAGGAAUGCGCCGGAAUUUACGGCUGGGAGGAUAAAGAGAUGAUCCACUACGCCUUACCUAAGUUAACAGGCUUAGCACGAUCUUGGUAUCAAAAUUUACCCACCAUGUUGUUCACGUGGCCCGAAUGGAAGAAUAAGUUAAUAGAAUCUUUUCCUGUUCGCGAAGACUAUGCUGAACUUUUGACCGAGAUGCUCGCUAAAAAGGCGAAGUACGGAGAAUCGCUUGAUCAUUAUUAUUACGCGAAAAUCAACUUAUUAAAUAGAUGUCAAAUUUAUGGACGACAGGCUGUGGAUUGUUUGUUGCAUGGUGUUGAGGACAGAGCUAUUAGGGUAGGCGCUCAAGCAGCUCAAUUUUCUGAACCAGAGAAAGUUCUAAAAUACUUUAGAUCGGUUAAAGUAGGACAAAGCCGUGAAAAUCAUGAAUUAUCUUCGAAGUUUAGAAACGAGCGGCGUAGUGCAGCUUCUUUUGCUAGACCCGGUAUCUCAAAACCGGACACUACGAAAAUAACUUGUUUUAAUUGUGAUCAACUCGGUCAUCCGAGUUUUAAAUGCGACAAACCUGCAGCGAAAUGCACUACAUGCGACAGAUUAGGUCACUUAACCACCCAUUGCUACAGGAAUAAAACUAACAAAAGGCGUGAGGGAGACUUAAAUAACGGUAAAAAUAGUAACGAAAAACAAGUUGCCCAGUUAAGUUUAGCAGCAGAGUUAACUGCUAAAUACAUGCUUAGCAUUAAGGUGAAUGGAAAUGUUGUAGAUUGUCAUUUAGAUCUUGGGAGUCAGUGCUCUUUGAUAAAACUAUCGAAGGCUAGGGAGUUUAACUUGGAUGUAGUAGUACCAGAGGAUUUACCUACCCUCAGAGGUAUAGGUUCUAAUCUUACUUACCCAGUAGGGAUGACAACCGUUUGUGUUGAAGUCCAAAAUAUAAAACAGACCAUUAAUAUGUAUGUAGUCGAUGAUUGUAUCAUUAGUCAGUCGGUUCUGUUAGGACAUUCUUUUACGGAAAAAUCGGAUAUUAUUAUCACAAAGACUCCCACUGCCGUUAUUUUCAAACAGAUUCCCUGUACUAAGGUGCACCUGGUGACAAAUAAAAAUAUUGAUAUCCAACCAAAUACGUUGCGCGCUGUUCAAGUGCUUGCCGAACCUGAGAUAGAUGUUCGAGUUUAUGUAAAUGGUUCUGUUAGGGGCCCGGAGGGAAAUGAGUACUUUCUCCUCCCGGGCGAGUAUGAGAUCAAGAGUGGACGCAGUGCGCUGUUGAUCUACAAUGCGUCGUCUAAUGUAGUAACUUUAAAAAAGGGAACUCUUUUAGCACGUGUGUAUCCCAAGGGUACUGACAAGGGAAAUCCAGAAUUGGUUUUAGAUUCGUGCAAAGUCUCGUUCUGUGAAACUCAGAAGGAUGAUGACUUUAACCACGGUAACCUAAACCCAGAGGAGCUGAAGCAAUUAAAACAAUUAUUAGAAAAAUACGCUGAUUGCUUCUCGAGCGGCCUCCACGAUUUGGGAUUCACAGAUUUAACUGAAAUGGUAAUUGAACUCGAAGAUACGCAACCAGUGGUCUAUCGACCUUAUCGGAUGUCUUACGCCGAUCGUGCUCUAGUUAGGAGCAUGGUACAAGAAAUGGUCGACUAUGGUAUUGUUAGAGAAUCCACCUCGCCGUAUGCCAGCCCAAUCUUGUUGGUGCAGAAAAAACGGGGGAUAAGCGUUUAUGCGUCGAUUAUAGAGCAUUGA